AGACAGUCUCGAUAUUUACCCUAAACCGCCAACAGUGAAGCUCGGGACCGCUGCACUGCUCCAUUUAGGACCUGAUUGUAGGUUCAGAAAUGACCUCUUUAAACUGGCGCCACAUCUGUAGGACCGCCCAGGAUUGGUUUCCAGCUGAGGAGGAGUAGAUUCCAAUGAGUGUGAAAAUGUGUCAAGAAAAGAGGAAAUGUCAGAAGAAUUUGAAGCUGAUACUAUGAAUUCUCUGGCAGAUAUGCCAUUUGCUACUAUAGACAUUAAAGAUGAUUGUGGAAUCCCUGAUGUACCUCAAAGAAAUUUGGAGAAAAAUAAAGAAAAUGAACGGAUCAGUAAAGAGCAGAUAAAGAAGAGGAAAAAAAAGCGAAAAGAUUAUCAACCCAACUAUUUCCUGUCUAUUCCGAUCACCAACAAAGAGAUUACAAGAGGAAUUAAGAUCCUUCAAAAUGCAAUAAUAGAGCAAGACGAGCAACUGACCAAAGCAAUGAUCAGCGAAGGUUCUUUUCAUCUUACCCUGCUAGUGAUGCAGCUGUUAAAUGAAGGUGAAGUACACAAUGGUAUUGAUGCUCUUUGGGAAUUAAAACCAUUCGUAGAGGAAAUUCUCCAAGGAAAAGACCUGACCUUGCCCUUUGAAGGGGUUGACACAUUUGGGAAUCAGGUCGGCUUUGUGAAGCUGGUGGAAGGGGAUCACGUGAGGCUGCUCUUGCAGAUAGCAGAGGCUGCAAAAAGGACAUUUCAAGAGAAAGGGAUCUUGGCAGGGGAAAGCAGAAGUUUUAAGCCUCAUUUGACCUUCAUGAAAUUGUCCAAAGUACCAUGGCUCCGGAAGAAGGGAGUGAAAAAAAUAGACCCUGAAUUCUAUGAAAAAUUUAUCAGUCACAGAUUUGGAGAAGAAGUGGUACAUCGCAUAGAUCUUUGCUCCAUGCUGAAGAAAAAACAAAGUAAUGGUUAUUAUCACUGUGAGUCUUCAAUUGUGAUUGGCAAGAAACCUAUUGGAAUCCUGGACUUACUUAAUGAAGCUUUGCGUCGAGAAAGGAUGAGAUUGAAGUCCAAAGUGAAACAGAUAAAGGAACUUUUACUGAAGCCUGAGACUCAGGCCAAAAUUAGGAGGGAGCUUUUGGAAGGAAGAUCCCUUAACAGCAGUGAUCAAGGAAGUGACGUUGAUUUCAGUACAGCUUUGGCAUGAGCUCUGCAUUGCUAUCAUGGUUCCAUAGUUUAUGAAAUCUUUUCAGUUUAUUAAAUAGCUCUUUGGUAAAUACCAAAGGAGUUUUCUGAUAGUGUCUGCAGAGCAGCAAACCAACAUCUGGUAAGGAAUUAACAAUUUCUUGACAAAGAAGACUGAUUCUGCCCUGUUAUUUUUUAAGCUAAAUUUGUGUUUUGGAAUGUUUGUUUCUGUAAUAUCAAGAGUUGAUUUAUAGAAAGGACUUCUUAAUUAGCUGUUGUGAGAUGUUCUUUGGGUCCUGCAUAUAAAAUAUACAGACUGUGAAAAAUAAUUUACAGAUAAAAAGAUACAGUAUUUUAAAGAUCACUUGCCUCUUGUUGACAUGAUUUUUUUUGUUAUUAAAUCAAAAGAAGCAUUGUCCACAUGUGUCUAUAUCUUGAGUUACUUUUAAUGGGAAUUUGAAUGUUUCUUGAAUCUAGUACUUGAAUGAAAAUUUAUAAAUGUAAUUAUUGCAAUCACUGGUUAAGAAUGUUUUAUAAUAUCCGUAUGUAUUAUUUUUUAAUGAUCAAAAUGUAGUUUGCUUUUUCAUUUCUUAAUGAAUAAAUGUUUAGGAUUUUUACUUUCUACUUUUCUGAAGAUAAGCCCCAGGUCUUACCAUGUUCCUUAUAAUCUGAAUUUGUUUGCACUGGUUCAUUUUUAAAUAAAAUUCUUGAAAAAUUUCCCCCCACAUAAUAAUCAUUGGUAACAGCUUUCUCUAUAGUCAUUUGUAAAAUUGCUGCUACCAAGAGAUCAUGAUGGAGGGGAAAUUAUUGGAAAUCAAAUAUGUAGUCAUUUCAAAUAUAAAAUCCAGUUUAUUCAUGGAUUUUAACUAUUUUUUCACUGGGUAAAUUAUACUACAUUUAUUUAUAAGUGAGUUUAUGCAUUUUCAUGCCUCUUAAUAAACGUAUUG